UUGAACGUCUCGCGCUACUGCCGACUGUCAUUACACUAAAAGCUCUCGUUCAAGUUCAAUAAGUUGUCAAUAAUGCCGAGAGUAAAAGCAAGAAGGUACAGUCGGCCGAGUUGGAAUUACCGUCAGGUCGCCGUCAAGACUCGCAGUCAGAUGAUGGACAGCAGAAACCUCUUCCAAAAACUUCCAUUAGAGGUUUUUCAUCUGAUUCUAGACAAGCUCUCUGUGCUGGAGUUGAGUGUGUUCAGCUUAGCUUCCAAGAACAUGAAUGGGUAUGUGAUGGACUACAUAAGCACCAUGACAUUGAGGGGCAAAACCAUGCACCAAAACCUUCAUAAGACCUAUUGCCCUGAGCAGGAAUGUUUCGGUAAACAUUUCAGAGACCUAGGUAUAUUGUUCAAACGGUGCACCAUGUUACUACCUACAAAGGAGAGGCUGAAAUGUAUCCUGCAAAAGUUUUCACAGGUUCCUUGUUUCUUGUGGGAGACUUGCUCAGCACCGAAUUGCAUUGGUUUAUCCAGAUAUGGAACUUUUCUGCAGACCAUAAUUGCAGGGUGGGAUGAGAUUGAGUGCCAAAGAGUGUUCCACUUCCUGUGUGAAGUCACCAAUUUGCUGAAUAAAAUCGAGACAGUCACUACUAUCAGGAAACCUGGCCUGAAAUGCUAUGAAGAGCUGGAGCUCCGCUACUUCUGUCGCAAGGUUUUGUUAGACUUGUCUAUGAACCAGUCAGACUGUCAAUUUUGGCUCCUGCAACUCCUGAAGCCCUGGCCCAUGGUCAGCCAGGCACACUUACUCUUAAUCCUCUAUGGGCCACAGCUAUCUGAAGGCCCCAUCAUUUGGCAGGAUCUGGUGGAACGGGAGCUGCCUCAGGAUGCUCUGUGGGAGCUGGCCAGCAGCCUUCUUUUGCUCUUCAACAAACCCAAACUGAAAGACUGGACUAUGCAAACAACUCUAGCAAUCUUUGAGGAGAUCGUUGCCAUUCCUCAGCCAUGGCACGUGGAGAACGUUGCCCGUCUCUUGGUGGUGUGUGGCAAUAACUUCUGCUACACCGUCUUGGCAAGCAGGGCCCAAUCUGGAUUUAUCAGAGACAUUGCCAAACUGAUUGUCUACAUUAUUCUGGUGUGUGAAAAGGAUGGCUAUGAAAUAGGCUGGGUGGUACAUUUGGUACAGCAGCUUCACAAAAGCCUCGGCUCAGAAGUCCAAAGGAUCGCCUUCGUCCACCAUCUCGAGAACACGUUCUCAGAGAUUAUCGUUGAUUUACUUUACAUGUAUGAUGAGGGAAACCGUCUUGACAACGGCAACUUUUUCACAGCUACGUUUCUCCUUCUGGAGGCCAGUGCUCGAUUCCAUGCAAAAAUCCUCCAUUUGUUGCUUAAAUAGGAAUGAUGCAAACUGAGUAUUACACAAAGCCAGAUAUUUUGUGUAGGUUACAUUCCAAGGGUGAAUUUGUUUCUUGGCUUGAAGGUUAUAUUUCAAAAGUAUUUAAUAUUUAUUAUUAAAGAAAAUA